GGAAUAAGGGCUCCCCUCAUGCCUCCACAUCCUCAAAAAUAAUCAGCCAAUAGGAGAGCCCCGUUAAGCCACGUCGGACGCGCAUCACGUUUCAUUUGGGCCUCGCGUCAAAUGUUCGAAAUCUCGGCCCGAUAAUGUUUGAAAUCUCGACCCGAUAGUGUUCGAAAUCCGGAAGCCCGGAUAGUCCAUGACCCGGUGAAGCUUCCUGGUCGAUUAUCGAUUCCCCUUCUCUUCUCUUUUUUGAUCUGCCGAUCCCAUUUCUCUUCGUCUUCUCCGUUCACUACGUUUCGCAGAUCUUUAUCGCGGACAUUAAUUUUACUCCCCACUCUUCUGAGUUUUAAUCUCAUUAAUGGAUCGUUAUCGCUUUCUCCGUCCGCGGUUCUAUAUAGAUCUCUUAUUCUGUGUAUUUUUUUUUGGAUCUAGAACUGUUCUAUCCUUUCAACUGCUACUUGCGAUGAAGGUGUCCGGCGUUUCUGACUCAGAGAAAAUGACAGGCGAGACGGCGAUCCCCUCCGAUUCCGUCAAUCCCAUCUCUCAAUCCGGUGUCUCUUCCGGCGAUAACGGUCCGACGAAAUCUAGAUGUGGAAUGGCCGAUUCAAAGGGUACGAGCAAAUCCGGCCCUCAGUCCGGCAUAACAUCCGGCGUUGAUAAACCGGUGAAAUCCAGAGGUACGACUGCUGUAACCCAGAGGCCGAUCAGAACACACGGCAGGACUGGUGGUUCCUCCGGCCCCGUUAUCGGCGUUAGAGGGAGACCAUCUGUCUCAGCAAUCGACAAGGGCAAAUCAAUCGUCAGCGACGACGUAGGGAAGGUUAUAACCUUCAAAGACGUGAAAUUCGGGCCACAUCAAGACGAGAUACGGUUUCGACUGAUCCAUUUUUGGGAAGCUUGGAACGUUCAGACGAAGGUUCUUAUCGGCAUCGAAAUGCUUCUCAUCGAUGAAGAGGCGAGUGUAAUCCAAGGUUUCAUCCCUUAUGGAAGGAUUGAGACCUAUUUGCCUCACAUGAAAGCUGGUUAUACCUACCGGCUCAACAAGUUUUACGGAUCAAAGAGCAAGACAGUGUACCGGAUUGCUGACUCGGAUGUCACUAUUAGCUUCUCAUGGAACUCUGCUCUAACUGCUCUCGAGGACAGCUCAAUCUGUUUCCCUGAGGAUCGGAUCCGUAUUCAUGGAUUCAGGGAGUUCGAUGGUGCUUCCGACUUGAAAGGUGAUCUUUAUGAUUAUAUUGGCCAUAUCAAGCUUGUGAAUGGGAAGGUUCCCACUGACAGCCUAUUGCUUGAUGAAGGUGAGAUAGCUGUGUCUCGGCGAGUUGAGCUUCACGUCCAGACACAUGACGAUCCUGUGAUGAAGUUGUACCUCUGGGACAAGGCGGCCUUUGAGUUCAUUGAUAAGUUUAAAGCAUCCAGAGGCACUGCCCGUGUUAUUUUGGUCACCACUUUAAACCCGAAACGGUUUGGAGGUGUUCUGUCUCUAUCGGCAAUGGCGUCCUCACGUGUAUUUAUGGAUAGUGAUAUCCAAGAAACACUCUCCUACCUCAGCUGGUUGAACUCUAAUUUGGACGUUGCCAGUAGGGUUAAUGCAGAGGUGAUUACCAAGCCUGAGCCAGCGACAUUGGGAGAACUUUUUGCUUAUAUGAACCAGGCGUCCUCUAAGGUUGCUUGGUUUGAGUGCACAGCAACUAUUGAUGAUGUUGUGCACGGGUCUGGCUGGUACUAUAUAGGAUGCGGUGUGUGUCAUACCAAAGCAACCAAAGGGCCCACAACGUUAAUGUGUAAGAAAUGCGGGAAAAGUGAGAUUGUUGGUGUGGCGCAGUAAGUGGUUUAUGUAAAGUUUUUACACAUUCUUGAACGUAAUGGUUGUUGACACUUAUCUUUACUAGGUACUUGACGAGACUCUCUGUGUAUGACAACAAUGAUCAAGCCGUGUUUGUUGUCCUUGGUGAUGCCGGUGAGGAGUUGACUGGAAAGAAAGCAAGCGAGUUGGUUGAGAAAUACUAUCAGGUCAAUGACAAUAUUGAAGGCGAUCAUAAGGUCCCAGUUCCUCAGGCUAUGAUUGAUACUAUUGGACAGACGCGAAAGUUCAUUGUGAAGGUAUCGAAACACAAUCUGGACGCUAAGACUCAGACUCUGACUGUGACAAAGGUGCUCCCACCCGAUGCCGCAGGACAUGAGGACAAUUUAGAAGGGGAUGUUGAUGUAAUAGGUGAUGCGGAAGGAGUAGGUAAUGCAGCUGAGUUUGGAAAAAGGGGUGCUGAUGAGAUAGAGUCUGAGGGUGUGAAGCGUGCCAAAUGUGGCUAAUGAAGUAGCCUUGACUUCAUUUGCUUCUUCUUUUUUUGUGUGUUUUCCUUUUUUUUUUUUUGUUUGAGACAUCCUUUUUAUCUUUGGUUUCCUCUGCAACAUUAUACCAACCUUGGUUAUUAUCUCUUUUUAAUAACAUAAACUAUUAAUAUUUUCUAUGUUAUACAAUUUGAACAAUGAAAUGGUGUUAUCUAUAUAUGUAUUUACCACAUAAUCUGGAUGAUGAUAAACUGAUUCAGGAAUUUUAGAUUCCGAUUUCUAUUUAAGUAUAGUAGAGAAGUAUCUGUGUACAUAAUUAGCUUAUCAUUGUUUGGGAAUAAGUUAUUUUACACAAAACAAAUACAAUACUAAAACGAUUUGUGUGAAUAAGCAUGGAUGAUUAAAUGCAAUAACCUGCUGUAAGUAAGCCAAUAAAAUUUGAUAUUCUUUAAAAAAAUUUAAAACUGGUUAACUGAGAUUCGAACCCUGCAAGUAGAGUAGCCAAUGCGGAUACUACUCUAUCAUUAGGCUAAUGUCACUCUUUGUAGAUAUAUGCAUAACUAAAUACAAUAACUUCUUAGAUAAUACAAUAAAAUGAAUUUUUUUUAAAAUAAUUGCAAAGGGGAUGACUGAGAUUCGAACCCUGUAUAAGAGCUAAUGCGGAUGCUACUCUUCCAGUAGGCUAAAGACACUUAUUGCAAAUAUAUAAAUGACUAAAAGAUAUAACUUUUUAUAUGAGCUAAGAAAAUGGUAUGUUUUUAAGAAUAAAAACGGGUUUUUUAGUGUUUGAAACCUAUAUAAGAGCUAAUGCGGAUGUUACUCUUCCAGUAGGCUACAGACACUCAUUGCACAUAUAUAAAUGACUAAAAUAUAUAACUUUUUAUAUAAGCUAAGAAAAUGGUUUGUUGUAAAAAAUAAAAACGGGUUUUUUGAGAUUCGAACCCCUAUAUAAGAACUAAUGCGGAUGCUUCUCUACCAUUAGGCAAAAUACACUCAUUGAAAUAUAUGCCCAAAAAUAAAAAUAUAUAUUAACCGGAUGAGAUGAGGAAAACAUAUAUAUAUGGAAACACGAGUGGUUGGAUAGUACAAAUCUUUAUUUAAGCCAAAAAUAUUUGAAAUUUUGACUAAAAUUAUAAUUGCGAUGGGAUGGGGGUUCGAACCCUAGGUUAUAUUAAACGCGGAUGCUGCUUUACCAC